AUGAAUUAAUAAUUCAAAUGGUUAAAGUAACGUCCUACAAAAGGCUUGGCCUUUCCAACAUCAAGAGAGGGAGCUACACUCACUUACAUUCCUAAAUAUCAAAGUGUAGUUUUAUUUGGGGGAAUUUGUAAUGGAAGAUUAAAUGAAAUAAUGAUUUUUGAUAUUCAAAAAGAUGAAUGGAAAGUAUAGUAAACUCAAGGUAGACAACCUUCACCAAGAUGUUAUCAUAGUGGUUUUUAUGAUGGUAAUAAAUAAAUAUUUAUUAUUUUUAGAAAAUUAGAAUGUCAUCUACUAUUAUGGUGGAUAAGCAGAUAAAGGUAGAUCUUUAACUGAUUUUUAUUGCUUAAGCUUUUAGAAUUUUGUAUGGAAGAGACUAUUUCUAUUAGAAAGUCCUCCAAAUAGACAUAAUCAUACUAUGUGUGAUUUACCUGGAAUGGAAAAGAUCAUUUUUGGAGGAGCAUGUUUACCUGAAGAUUUAAUGUAUAAUGAUGUUUGGAUAUUUAAUUAUUCAGCCAUUCAAUUUACAAAUCAAUAAGAAAUCCCUGGAGCUGUAGCAACUAAGAAAAAUUGUAAAGGAGAACAUCCUACUCCAAGAUAAGGACAUGGUGCUGUAGUAUAUUAAAAUAAUAUGUUUGUUUUUGGUGGUAAAUGCUCAGAUGAAACUACUUAAUUAUAUAAGCUUUCUUUGGAUAAUUAUUAAUGGAAAAGAAUAUUACAUUUAGGUAAGGCACCAGGUACAAGAGCAUUCUUUUCAACAAGUUUGGUUAAGGAUAAUGUUAUAAUAUUUGGUGGAAUUGAUAAUGUAGCUAAUAAAGUUCUAAAUGAAACUUAUUUAUUAAAUUUAACUGAUUAUCAUUGGAGUUCUCCAUUUACUGCUGGACCUAUUCCUUCUCCAAGAUAUUCACAUUGUAGUUGUUAAAUAGAAGAUAUCAUUUUAAUUAUGGGAGGAAUAGAACAGACUUAUUGCUCUAUGGAUAUGUAUUUUUUAUCUUAAGGAUCUAUAAAUUCAAAUGCUGAAUGGGAACAAUUAAAAGAACCAACUGAAUUGGAAAAAUAAACUAAUGAUGCAGCCAAUUAAAUUAUAAUGGAAGGCAAAAUGUAUUUGAAUUAAAUAGAAGAAGCAAUGAUGAAGGAAAGAUAAAAAAUAACUGAUCUUUAAAAAGAGGUUUAAAAUUUAUAAGAAGAAGCUGAUAAUCUUGAUAUACAUAUCAAAAAGUAAACAGCAAUAGUAAUGAGUGAACAUUAAAAAGCAUAACAAAAUAAUAAAAAUAAAGAAAUUGCUAUUGAAACUAUCUUUUUAAUGAUUAAAUAGGAAUAAACACUUACAAAAUAACUUAAUUAUAAAUGUCAACAAUUAGAAGAAUGCAUAUAAAAUUCAUAUCCAUUAUUACAUACUCUUGAUUAAUUCUAUUAAUCAAUUAGAUAAAGUAUAUUAAUAUAAUAAAUUUAAAGUUUAAGGUUCUGAUCCUGCUGAUCUCAAAGUUAAAAAAAUGGCUGAUUAAUUUGCAAAUGAUAUUCAAAAGGCAAAAGAAGCUUAAGUUGAAUCUCUUAGCAAUAUUUAUUCCAUUUAUUAAAAAUUUACAGCAUUAUCAAAUAGAAAUGAAGUUGAAUUGAAUUAAUGGCGAGACAAUGUUAAAGAUAUGAAUAAUGAUUUUGAAUAAUUAAUAUUUGAGACUGAACAUGAUUGA